AUGCCUCCUAAGAUCGCAAAGAAGGGUACCAACUCUCAGAUCAAGCAGGCCAUCGCAAACACGCAAGCCGAGCCUACUGCAGAGAUCCAAGCCGACGCCGAUACUCAAGUCGAUGACGAUGUUCCUUCCAGCAGUGCCAACAGCAACACUGUCAACGAUGCUCUGGAUUCCACUGCUGAUGGUGCUGCUGCUUCCGCUGUUGACACUACUCAUACUUCUGCCGAUGAGGCCGAGAACAACAACCCUGCUGGAAAAAAACCUGCCGGCAAGAAAGUCGCUGCCACUACCGGCACCAAGGAUGGUGAAGGCAAGAAGAAGCGCCGUCGCAAGACAGACUUCUCGAACUUCUCAAUCUACAUCUUCAGAGUUCUCAAACAGAUUCACGCUGAAAAUGGCAUUUCGAAGAAUGCCAUGCAGAUCAUGAAUGACUUUAUCAAGGAUCUGUUUACUCGUAUCGCCGAGCUUGCUUGUGAUCUGUGCAAGAAGCUCAAGAAAGCCACCCUCCAGGCUCAUGAGAUACAGACAGCUAUCAAGCUCAUUCUCCCUGGUGGCCUGGCCGAUCACGCACAAGGUGAGGGCGCUAAGGCCCUCCGCAACUUCAACAGACACACUCAGCAGGGCCUUCGUUGA